AACUCUUUAUAAGUUUUAACUAUAAACUUCUGAAUUUUUAUUAUUUUUACUUAAAACAACCAACAACAAGUAAAUAAAUUAAGAUACAAGAAAUAAUAACUAAAGAAAAAAUAUUAAUAAAAUGUAUACGCAACGCAUGUUUGAUAUGUGGAACAGCGUUACAUCCAAACUGGAAGCACACGCCAACACAUUGGGACAAAGUAAUGUACAAUCGCCCGGACAAAAUAAUUCAAGUGGAUCAAUAAAAGCUCAAAUUGAAAUAAUACCAUGCAAAGUAUGUGGUGACAAAUCAUCGGGUGUUCAUUAUGGUGUUAUAACCUGUGAGGGAUGCAAAGGUUUCUUUCGACGUUCACAAAGUUCUGUUGUUAAUUAUCAGUGUCCUCGUAACAAGCAAUGCGUUGUCGAUCGUGUUAACCGUAAUCGGUGUCAAUAUUGUAGACUGCAAAAGUGCCUCAAAUUGGGAAUGAGCCGAGAUGCUGUAAAAUUUGGUAGAAUGUCUAAGAAACAAAGAGAAAAAGUUGAAGAUGAGGUGAGAUUUCACCAAGCACAGAUGCGGGCUCAAAGUGAUGCGGCACCAGAUAGUUCUGUAUUUGAUACACAAACGCCGUCUAGUAGUGAUCAACUGCAUCAUAGUUAUAAUGGCUAUGGCUAUUCAAGCAAUGAAGUCAGUUAUGGCAGUCCUUAUGGAUAUUCAGCAUCCGUGACCCCGCAACAGACAAUGGCCUACGAUAUAUCAGCUGAUUAUGUCGACAGUACCACAUAUGAGCCACGAAGUACAAUGAUGGAUCCCGAAUUUAUCAGUCAUGCAGAUGGUGACAUUAAUGACGUUCUCAUAAAGACCUUGGCGGAAGCUCAUGCAAAUACAAAUACCAAAUUGGAAGUUGUGCAUGAAAUGUUUAGAAAACCCCAGGACAUCUCAAGAAUACUUUAUUAUAAGAAUCUAGGCCAACAGGAACUGUGGCUGGACUGUGCGGAAAAGUUAACUCAAAUGAUACAAAAUAUAAUCGAAUUUGCCAAAUUAAUACCCGGUUUUAUGCGUCUAAGUCAGGAUGAUCAGAUCCUACUGCUUAAGACCGGUUCAUUUGAGCUGGCGAUUGUACGGAUGUCACGUUUGUUGGAUCUCUCGCAGAAUGCGGUGCUGUAUGGUGAUGUUAUGCUGCCGCAGGAAGCAUUUUACACAUCCGACUCGGAAGAAAUGCGACUGGUGUCACGUAUUUUCCAAACGGCUAAAUCAAUAGCCGAACUUAAAUUGACUGAAACUGAAUUGGCUCUGUAUCAAAGUUUGGUCCUGCUGUGGCCAGAACGUAAUGGCGUGCGCGGCAAUACGGAAAUUCAGAGGCUUUUCAACUUAAGUAUGAAUGCAAUAAGGCAGGAACUGGAGGCCAAUCAUGCACCACUUAAGGGCGAUGUGACGGUACUCGAUACACUACUCAAUAAUAUUCCCAACUUCCGUGACAUCUCCAUAAUGCACAUGGAGUCGUUGAGUAAAUUUAAACAACAACAUCCAAAUGUGGUAUUCCCUGCCCUGUACAAGGAACUCUUUUCCAUAGACUCACCCCAGGAUCUCACAUAACAGCAACCGGUGUAUGAUGAUACCACCACAACAACCGACCUAGCAGUCGAGACUGCAACACCAACCGCUUCAUCAUCAGUAGUAGCAGCUGCAGCAGCAGCCGCAGCAUUAGCAGCAAAUACAAUAAUAACAACAACAUCAGCAGCAACAGCAUCUUCAUCAGCUAAUACAGCUUUAGUAGAAAUCUCUCAGACGUCAUUAAAUGAACAACACCAUACAAACUCAACAACAACAGCAAUUACAAGAAACAGCAAUAUUAACAUCAAUGCAUCAUCCUUAACAUCGUAGAUUAAAGUGUAUACCAACAACAACAACAACAUGAUGAUCUUUUCAACAGAUAAAAUCUGUCAAAGAUCUUAACACUCACUUAACACAUCGUUAACAGCCAUGUCAUUAAUCAACUUUAAAGCUCAUUUUAAACUUUAUAAUUGCUAAAUGAGAACUGAGAACAACAAAGGAUAACGUUUCGGGUAGCGUUUCAUUUUUUUAUAUAAUUUAGUUUAAAGUAAAUCCAAACAAAAAAAAAAAUGCAAAAUAACGAAAAAAAAACAAAAACAAACUCUUUUAUCAAAUGAAUUUCACUCACUAUUUAUCCUUCAGAGUGAUUAAGACUUAUUAAGAUUAUACAACAAACAAAAAACAAAAACAAAUUAUUAAAUACUAAUUAAACUAAAACAUUUAAAUACUGUUAAACAAAAGAUUACACCGCAGCAGCAUAAGUCAACCAACACUAACAAACAUCAUACCCUCGAUCAUCUCAAACGAAUGCAUUAAAUACGUUAGAAAAACAUUUCAAAUAGAAUUUUGUUUAAGGGAAUUAAAGGAAUUCAUUUAAAGGAUUUAAUUUACAUUUAGUUUAGUCUUGAGCAAAUCAAAAGUUUCUUUUUUUAUAAAAACACUCGAAUAUGAAAGGUUUAAUUGAUUUUUAAGAUUUCUUUUUUGUUAAAUUACUAUAAAUUAAGCAAAAUUUAGUAAAAAUUUUAAUAAAAUAAACUUUGUUAAAAAAAUAACAUUUUGAAAAUGUUCAAAGCUUUUUUAAUUGCAAAUUUAAAAGCUUUUGUUUAAAAGUGAAAACUGCAAGAGCAAGGACUAGGCGGCUAUAAAAUGCAAAGGAAAUAAAUUUCGUAAAAAUGCUGGAACGUUGAAUUUAAAAAAAAAUGGAGGGUCUUGCAAGAAAAGCUUUCAACUUUAUUAAGAUGAAAUAAAAGUUGCUGCAGUUUGUUUAAAACAAUUGUUUGAUGUACAGUUUCUUGUUUAAAAGUUGUGCUUUCAUAAAAUUUCUUUAAUUAAAUUAAAGAUACAAGUUGCUGCAACUUUUAAGGUUAAAAGAAUUGCUUGGUAUUUAUGUCAAAACUUUGAAAAUUUGCUGCAAUAUGUUUAAGAAUCGUUGACCUCUAAGUAGUGAUUUGAUAAAGUUGUUCAAACAUGGGUGCGUUAAUUUAGUUACCAACAAAUAGAAGUUGCUGCCACACUAUGUUUAAAAGAAUUAAAGCUAAGCAACACAAGUUGGCAAUGUAAAUAUUUUAAACUUUAAACAUGUUCAAGGAGUGACAACUUCAAAAAGUUCACGGUUUUAAAAAUUUUCAUUUAACUGGAAAUUAUUUUGAGCAAUUCUUAAAAUAAGCAAUAAAAGUUGCUUCUAUAAUUUCAAAAGAAUCACAGUCAGUUAAUCUUUUCUAUUUUAAAAGAGCAAGCAACU